AUGGCAAAUAGUGAAUGGAUCCUAACUUACCCCUCUGGAAGAAGUGAAUACUUACGCUUUGAAGGAUCUGAUCAUCGCCCCCUCGUUACAUCUUUUGAUCCAAGAAAGAAGAGGACUUAUGGCCUCUUCCGGUUUGAUAGGAGACUUAAGGAAAACCCUGAGGUUAAAAAACUUGUUUUCGAAGCAUGGCAUGCUCACCCAAACCUGAGUGUUGAUCUUCGACUCAGAUCCUGUAGAGACCACAUCGCAAGAUGGAGUAAGAACCAACAGUUGAACAGCCAAAAGGUUAUAACUACCUUGCGAGACCAGUUGGAGGAAGCAAUGAAUGAUGAUACGUCUCCCCAAGAAACCAUUGAUUCCCUAAACAAAGCAUUACUGACCGCAUAUCAACAAGAAGAAGCUUUCUGGAAGCAGAGAAGUCGCAAUCUUUGGUUGGCACUAGGAGACAAAAACACGGGUUUUUUCCAUGCUGCGACAAAAUCUCGUGAUGCUCUUAAUAAUAUCUCCGUUAUAGAGAACUCAUAA